AUGGCUGAUGCGGGGCGCAGCCUCCAUCCCUCUGCCGGGGGCAGGGGAAGAGCAGGGCGGCGCACGCUCCGGUUCCUGCGGCUGCUGCUCUGGGUCGGGACCGCCUUCCAGGUGACCCAGGGAGGCGAACCGGAGCUCCACGCCUGCAAAGAGUCUGAGUACCACUACGAGUACACCGCAUGUGACAGCACGAGUUCCAGGUGGAGGGUUGCUGUGCCGCACACCCCGGGCCUCUGCACCAGCCUCCCGGACCCCGUCAGGGGCACCGAGUGCUCCUUUUCUUGCAAAGCUGGGGAGUUUCUGGACAUGAAGGACCAGUCCUGUAAGCCCUGCACUGAGGGCCGCUACUCCCUGGGCACGGGCAUCCGGUUCGAUGAGUGGGACGAGCUGCCUCAUGGCUUUGCCAGUCUCUCAUCCAACGUGGAGAUCAAUGACAGCACCAACGAGUCCACUGAGAACUGCACUUCGUCCAAGUGGGUUCCCCUGGGCGACUACAUCGCCUCCAACACGGAUGAGUGCACGGCCACACUGAUGUAUGCCGUCAACCUGAAGAAGUCGGGCACUGUCAACUUCGAAUACUACUACGCAGACUCCAACAUCAUCUUUGAGUUUUUUGUCCAGAAUGACCAGUGCCAGCCCAAUGCAGACGAUUCCCGGUGGAUGAGGACCACAGAGAAAGGAUGGGAAUUCCACACUGUAAAGCUAAACCGAGGCAAUAACGUCCUCUUUUGGAAAACCACAGCCUUCUCAGUGUGGUCCAAAGUCUCCAAGCCUGUGCUCGUGAGAAACAUCGUCAUCACAGGGGUGGCCUACACUUCGGAAUGCUUCCCCUGCAAACCUGGCACCUAUGCAGACGUGCAGGGCUCCUCUUUCUGCAAACUUUGUCCAGAAAAUUCUUAUUCGAACAAGGAAGAAACUUCGUGCCACCAGUGUGACGCCGACAAAUACUCAGAAAAAGGAUCCUCUUCCUGCAAAAUGCGCCCAGCCUGCACCGACAAAGAUUACUUCUACACGCACACGGCCUGCGAUGCCAACGGAGAGACACAGCUCAUGUACAAAUGGGCCCAGCCGAAAAUCUGUAACGAGGAUCUCGAGGGGGCGGUGAAGCUGCCUGCCUCCGGCGUGAAGACCCGCUGCCCGCCAUGCAACCCAGGCUUCUUCAAAACCGACAACAGCACCUGCGAGCCCUGCCCUUAUGGCUCGUACUCCAACGGCUCCGAUUGUAGCCACUGCCCAGCUGGGACUGAGCCUGUCUUGGGAUUCGAAUAUAAAUGGUGGAACACACUGCCCACUAACAUGGAAACGACCGUUCUCAGUGGGACCAACUUUGAGUACAAAGGCAUGACAGGCUGGGAGGUGGCCGGGGACUACAUUUACACGGCCGCUGGAGCCUCGGACAAUGACUUCAUGAUCCUCACUCUGGUUGUGCCAGGAUUUAGACCUCCACAGUCGGUGAUGGCGGACACAGAGAACAAAGAGGUGGCCAGGAUCACAUUUGUCUUCGAGACCAUCUGUUCUGUGAACUGUGAGCUCUACUUCAUGGUGGGAGUGAAUUCUAGGGCCAACGCUCCCGUGGAGACGUGGAAAGGCUCUAAAGGCAAGCAGUCCUUCACCUACAUCGUUGAGAAGAACGCUUCCGUGAGCUUCACCUGGGCCUUCCAGCGCACCACUUUCCACGAGAUCGGCAGAAAGUACACCAGCGAUAUCGCCAAGAUCUAUUCCAUCAACGUCACCAAUGUCAUGAAUGGGGUGGCCUCCUACUGUCGGCCCUGCGCCCUGGAAGCCUCUGACAUGGGCUCCUCCUGUACCUCUUGUCCUGCUGGCCACUACAUCAACCGGGAUUCAGGAACCUGCCACUCCUGCCCCCCUAACACCAUCCUGAAAGCCCACCAGCCCUAUGGAGUCCAGGCCUGCAAGCCCUGUGGCUCGGGGACCCAGAGCAACAAGAUCCACUCUCUGUGCUACAACGACUGCACCUUCUCAGUCAGCUCUGGGAGUCGGUUGUUAGACUACAACUUCUCGGCUCUGGCAGACCCUGUCUCUCUGGCUGGAGGGCCAAGCUUCACUUCCAAAGGGCUGAAAUACUUCCAUUACUUCACCUUCAGUCUCUGUGGAAACGAGGGUAAGAAAAGGGCUGUGUGCACCGAGAAUGUCACUGACCUCCGGAUUCCUGAGGGGGAGGCUGGUUUCUCCAAAUCCAUCACGGCCUACGUCUGCCAGGCGCUCAUCAUUCCUCCAGAGGUGACAGGCUACAAGGCAGGCGUGUCCUCGCAGCCUGUCAGCCUCGCUGACCGGCUUGUGGGGGUGGCAACAUACAUGACUGUGGAUGGAAUCACUUCUCCAGCUGAUCUGUUCCACCCAGAAUCCUUGGGAAUACCGGACGUGAUCUUCUUUUAUAGGUCCAAUGAGGUGACUCAGUCCUGCAAUUCUGGGAGGGCCACUACCAUCCGAGUCAGAUGCAGUCCGCUGAAGCCUGCCCCGGGAAGUCUGUCCCUGCCCAGCACGUGCCCUGAUGGGACCUGUGACGGCUGUACCUUCCACUUCCUGUGGGAGAGCGCAGCCGCUUGUCCGCUCUGCUCAGCCAAUGACUACCACGCUAUCACCAGCAGCUGCGUGGCUGGGGUCCAGAAGACUACCUAUGUGUGGAGAGAACCAAAGCUCUGCGUGGGCGGCAACUCUCUGCCUGAGCAGAGAAUCACCAUCUGCAAAACUAUAGAUUUCUGGCUGAAAGUGGGCAUCUCUGCGGGCACCUGUACUGCGAUCCUGCUCACCGUCUUGACCUGCUACUUUUGGAAAAAGAAUCAAAAACUAGAGUACAAGUACUCCAGGCUGGUGAUGAACGCUUCCCUCAAAGACUAUGACCUGCCAGCAGCCGACAGCUGCGCCAUCAUGGAAGGCGAAGACGUGGAGGAUGAUCUCCUCUAUACCAGCAAGAAGACCCUCUUUGGAAAGAUCAAAUCAUUUACCUCCAAGAGGACUCCUGAUGGAUUUGACUCGGUGCCACUGAAGACUUCCUCAGGAGGCCCAGACAUGGACCUGUGA